CGGCUGAGCCUGGUCCUCUCGGUCCAUCAGUGUGGAGACCAUGCCCAAGCUUCAGGGCUUCGAGUUCUGGAGCCGCACCCUGGGGGGCGCCCGCCACGUAGUGGCACCCAUGGUGGACCAGAGCGAGCUGGCCUGGAGGCUCCUGAGCCGUCGCCACGGGGCACAGCUCUGCUACACCCCCAUGCUGCACGCCCAGGUCUUCGUGCGCGAUGCCAACUACCGUAAGGAGAACCUGUACUGCGACGUGUGCCCUGAGGACCGGCCGCUCAUUGUGCAGUUCUGUGCCAAUGACCCAGAGGUGUUUGUCCAGGCGGCUCUCCUGGCUCAGGAUUACUGUGAUGCCAUCGACCUGAACCUGGGCUGCCCACAGAUGAUAGCCAAGAGGGGUCAUUAUGGUGCCUUCCUACAGGAGGAGUGGGACCUGCUCCAAAGAAUGAUUCAGCUGGCCCAUGAGAAGCUCUCUGUUCCUGUCACGUGCAAAAUCCGUGUCUUCUCUGAGAUUGACAAGACCGUGAGGUACGCCCAGAUGCUGGAGAAGGCUGGCUGCCAGCUGGUGACUGUGCAUGGGCGCACCAAGGAGCAGAAGGGGCCCCUGUCAGGAGCAGCGUCCUGGGAGCACAUUAAGGCUGUGCGGAAGGCUGUGGCCAUCCCUGUGUUUGCCAAUGGGAACAUCCGAAGCCUGCAGGAUGUGGAGCGGUGCAUCCAGGACACAGGCGUGCAGGGGGUCAUGAGUGCGGAGGGCAACCUGCACAACCCUGCCCUGUUCGAGGGCAGGAGUCCUGCAGUGUGGGAGCUGGCAGAGGAGUACCUGGACAUUGUGCGGCUGCACCCGUGCCCGCUGUCCUGUGUCCGGGCCCACCUCUUCAAGCUGUGGCACCACACGCUGCAGGUGCACCAGCAACUUCGAGAUGAACUCGCCAAAGUGAAGACCCUGGAGGGCAUUGCCGCCGUGAGCCAGGCACUGAAGCUUCGGUGUCAGGAGGACAUGUCCAGGCAGGAGGAGGGAGCGCAGCCGGCAGGCGACUUGCCUUUCUUCCACUGGAUCUGCCAGCCCUAUGUCCGGCCGGGGCCCAGGGAAGGGAGCAAGGAGAACAGUGGUGGCUGCAGCAAGCGAGCCCUGGAGGAAGAGGAGGCCAGCACGGAUGGCCUGUCCAAGAACAAGCAGAAGAAGCAGCUGAGGAACCCCCACAAGACCUUUGACCCCUCUCUGAAACCAAAAUACGCCAAGUGUGACCAGUGCGGAAACCCGAAGGGCAACAGGUGUGUGUUCAACCUGUGCCGCGGCUGCUGCAAGAAGCGUGCCUUCAAGGAGACCGCGGACUGCCCAGGUCACGGACUGCUUUUUAAAACCAAGCUGGAGAAGUCUCUGACCUGGAAGGGGACGCAGCCCGGGCGGCAAGAGCCCCCACAGGUGGGGUCUGGAGCACCAGGCGCCUUCUCUGAAGUCAUGGGCAGCGCCCUGGCCUGAGGCGGCCGCAGGAGCCACCCACACCCAGGACUGAUGAAGCCCGGACACUUCGCACUAAGAACAUGCCUUUACUCAGGGAACCUCCUGCUAUCCAACACAAGGGACGCAUGACAUCCUCCCUGGCCUGUGCUGGGGCCUGCAGUGCUGCACUAGGGGCAGCCCCAAGCUAGGCCUGCCCUGUCCUCACACUUCUGUUUUCAAAAACAAUAAAUCAUUGCAAAGGUA